GCUGUCUGGCGGUGGCCGAGGUGGGAGUACCAGGAGCGGAGCGGGAACCGGUUGGCACCAGGUUCGUACCGGAGCCCGAGCACAGAGCGGGACGAGCCAGCUGCGCCCGGGGGAGCGGGCCUGGGCCCUGACUGCGGCCCUCCCCGCAGCCUUGCCCCGGCUCACCCGUAUGGCGCGGCCCUGAGGGGAAAUGACCGACCAGGAGAACAACAACAGCAUCUCCAACAACCCCUUCGCCGCCCUUUUCGGCUCCGUCGCUGCCGCCAAGCACUUCGCCGCCGUCCAGAAGCAGCAGCUCUUUCAUGCAGGCGAGGAGACGUCCAUCAGCCAGGAUGACUCCGACAACAGUGUCUCCGAGAGCCUGGACGACUGCGAUUAUUCGGUGGCCGAGAUCAGCCGCUCAUUCCGCUCGCAGCGAGAGCUCUGCGAGCAGCUCAACAUCAACCACAUGAUCCAGAGGAUCUUCCUCAUCACCUUGGACAACAGUGACCCCAGCAUGAAGAGUGGGAAUGGGAUCCCUGCACGCUGUGUCUACCUGGAGGAAAUGGCCGCAGACUUGGAUGACCAGGACUGGCUGGACAUGGACAAUGUGGAGCAGGCCCUGUUCACCCGCCUGCUGCUGCCGGAGCCCGGGAGCCACUUGAUCCACAUGACCUCUGCUGGCACCCAGAACCUGUCGGCUGAGCGUGAUGCUGGGGAGAGGCAGAUCCUGCGCUACCUCUAUGCCUGCUUCUGCAGGGCACGAGAAGAGAUAACCAAGGUCCCGGAGAAUCUUCUGCCCUUCGCUGUGCGCUGCCGCAACCUGACAGUGUCAAACACUCGUACUGUCCUUCUCACCCCGGAGAUCUACGUCAACCAGAACGUGUAUGAGCAGCUGGUGGACCUGAUGCUGGAGACACUGAGAGGGGCACGUAAGUGUGUAACAGCCUCGUAUCUCCUGCCAGAGUUUGAAGACAUGACCGAGUUCCUUGAGGAUGUCAUAGAAGCCUUAACAAUUGACGAGGAGGUGCGGACAUUUGGGGAGGUUAUGGUUCCUGUGUUUGACAUUCUGUUGGGGAGAAUCAAGGACCUGGACCUCUGUCAGAUCCUGCUCUACACAUACCUCGAUGUGCUCCUCUACUUUACAAAGCAAAAAGACAUAGCAAAGGUUUUUGCAGGCUACAUCCAGCCCAAGGAUCCCAGCAAUGGACAGAUGUACCAGAAGACUUUGCUUGGUGCUGUUUUAAAUAUCUCCUGCUUGUUGAAGACCCCUGGUGUGGUGGAGAACCAUGGCUACUUUCUGAAUCCAUCCCGAUCCAGCCCACAGGAGAUUAAAGUGCAGGAGUCCAACAUCCAUCAGUUCAUGGCCCAGUUCCAUGAGAAAAUCUACCAGAUGCUGAAGAACCUGUUGCAGUUGUCACCAGAGACGAAACACAGGAUUCUCUCCUGGCUAGGAAACUGCCUCCAUGCAAAUGCGGGCCGCACCAAAAUUUGGGCUAACCAGAUGCCAGAGAUUUUCUUCCAGAUGUAUGCCUCGGAUGCCUUCUUCCUCAACCUGGGGGCUGCCCUCCUGAAGCUGUGCCAGCCCUUCUGCAAACCCAGAUCUCCAAAGCUGCUAACCUUUAACCCCACCUACUGUGCCCUGAAGGAGCUGAAUGAAGAGGAGAGGAGGAGCAAGAACGUACACAUGAAAGGUUUGGAAAAAGAAACAUGUUUGAUCCCUGCUCUGAGUGAGCAAGAGCCACAGUUUGCAAACAGCUACAACCUAGUGACAGAAAACCUGGUGCUCACGCAAUAUACCCUGCACUUGGGAUUUCACAGGUUGCAUGACCAGAUGGUAAAGAUAAACCAAAGCCUUCACCGCCUGCAAGGGGCAUGGCGAGAAGCUCAGCAGAGCUCCAGCCCCACUGCUGACAGCCUCAGGGAGCAGUUUGAGCGCCUCAUGACCAUCUAUCUCUCCACCAAGACGGCAAUGACAGAACCGCAGAUGCUGCAGAACUGCCUGAACCUGCAGGUGUCCAUGGCAGUGCUGCUGGUGCAGCUGGCUGUGGGGAACCACGGGACCGAGCCGCUGGAGCUGACCUUCCCGCUGCCGGAGGUGGAGCACAGCGCGCUGGCCUACGUGCCAGAAUUCUUUGCUGAUAAUUUGGGCGAUUUCUUCAUUUUCCUGCGGCGUUUUGCUGAUGACAUCUUGGAGACUUCUGCCGAUUCUCUGGAGCACAUCCUUCACUUUGUUACUGUUUUCAUGGGUGAUGUGGAGAGGAUGAAAAAUCCUCACCUAAGAGCCAAGCUGGCUGAAGUGUUGGAAGCUGUGAUGCCUCACUUGGACCAGGCUCAGAACCCACUCGUCUCAAGUGUGUUUCAUCGCAAGCGAGUGUUCUGCUCUUACCAGCAUGCUGGCCAGCUGGCUGAGGCACUCAUCAAAGUCUUUGUGGAUAUCGAGUUUACAGGUGACCCACACCAGUUUGAACAGAAGUUCAACUACCGCCGUCCCAUGUAUCCCAUCCUGAGGUACAUGUGGGACACUGAUUCCUACCGGGACAGUAUAAAGGCUCUGGCUGACUAUGCCUCAGAGAACCUGGAGGCAAUGAAUCCCCCUCUCUUCUUGCGUUUCCUUAACCUGCUCAUGAACGAUGCCAUUUUCCUGUUGGAUGAAGCCAUACAGUACCUCAGCAAGAUCAAAGUUCAGCAGAUUGAGAAGGACCGGGGUGAGUGGGACAACCUGUCCCCGGAGGCUCGGCGUGAGAAGGAGUCCAGCCUGCAGAUGUUUGGUCAGCUGGCACGUUUCCACAACAUCAUGUCCAAUGAAACCAUUGGCACUCUGGCUUUCCUGACUUCAGAAAUCAAGUCUCUGUUUGUGCAUCCUUUCCUUGCUGAGCGCAUCAUCUCCAUGCUCAACUACUUCCUGCAGCACCUGGUUGGGCCUAAAAUGGGAGCUUUGAAGGUGAAGGACUUCAGUGAGUUUGACUUCAAGCCACAGCAGCUCGUGUCUGACAUCUGCGCAAUCUACCUAAACCUUGGGGAUGAAGAAAACUUCUGUGCCACAGUCCCCAAGGAUGGCCGCUCCUACUCACCGACACUCUUUGCCCAGACCGUACGGGUUCUGAAGAAGAUUAACAAGCCUGGGAACAUGAUAGUGUCAUUUAGUAACCUGGCUGAGAGGAUCAAGUCUCUUGCAGACCGGCAGCAGCAGGAAGAGGAGACAUAUGCAGAUGCCUGUGAUGAAUUCCUGGAUCCAAUCAUGAGCACUCUGAUGUCAGACCCCGUGAUCCUGCCCUCCUCCCGUGUCACCGUGGACCGAUCAACUAUAGCCCGACACCUCCUCAGCGAUCAGACAGAUCCUUUCAAUCGGAGUCCCCUCACUAUGGACCAGAUCAGACCAAACACAGAGCUAAAAGAGAAGAUCCAGCAAUGGCUUGCAGAGAGGAAAAAGCAGAAGGAGGAGGAGCUGGAGGACACAUUGAACUAAAAAGCAGGAUCUCAUCUCAAAACCUCCAGUCCCGGGCAAGAUCACAGCCGUGCAGGGGUAAUGGCUGGAGCGGCCACCCUAAUGACAGCCACAUUUAGUGCAUUGCCACCGCCUUUGGAGUCUCUCCUCAGACCUUCCCUGCCAACCCUUGUUCUCUCUUUUGCUUUCAAGACUCUCUCUUUAAUACUAAGACUUUCUGCUGCACUACAGCUUUGAGCCUCAGCCUCGGGAGAAGAACACAGCCUCCUCAAGAGGUGGUGCCCUGGUCCUCUAUUACCUGCUCCUUGUGUUGGCCAUGUUCUUUUACAGCAACACCAAAAGGCUCCCUCUGUUCUGUGUUUAAACUGUAACCAGCUUUCACUUGGUGAAAAUAAUGCCUCCCAGCCGCUCCCAGAGUGGGAUGGGGGGAUCAACAGGAGGGGGACAUUUUUCCAACUUGUAUGUGCCAGGAUUGUAGCAAGGUUUACUUCCCCAGUGAGUGUUGGGAAUGGCGGGCAUUGGAAAUUAAACAUAGAGGUCAUCUUACA